AUGGACUGCAACUAUCCAACCACUUUCCCAUACAUCAAUGCGCGACCAAUCUCUAAUGACGACGAUGUUCAAAUCAUCGAAGAAAAGGAGACCAGUGAGUUUUUUUUUAAAGUUUGCCUUUUUAUCAUUAUUUUUCAGAGCCUUUCCUGAAGAGAGUUCAAAAGGACUUGGCCAAUUAUUUGGCAAAGAAGCACUUGUUGCCGAGAAUCACUCCAGAUUUUUUCGGUGGGGAUAUCAAAGUACGUGUUUUUUGCAACCUGCCAAAACAGGACCCUGUGGGCCAAAUUCCCGCAACGAUCAACACCGGGAUGUUAGAUGGACCUAAUACCUAAUUCUCUUAUAAUGUAUUGACCCCUACAUGAUUUACUCUUAUUUUAAUAAAUAUAUUACAUUACAAAUCUUGUUUAUUAGUUAAAUAAAUUUCGGAAAAAAAAAAACUUAUAUUAAAAUCCAGAGUGUUUGUUUGAACGCCUGCUUAUCAAAAAUUCACCAUCCAAUUCCAUUGAGCAAGUCAUAUGCUACAAAAAAUUGUUAUUUUAUUGGAAACCUGACUGUGCUGCUCUUCGAGUUCUUGCGAACAUCAAGAAACCAGUGGAUGAGAUUCGGCUUGCGCUUUUUAAAGAAUUUUCAGAAGACAUUUUGAAACAACCACAGGUAUGAUUUAAUAUUCAAUUUUUGUAGACUUUAAAAUUUUUCAAAGGUUUUUUAGAUCCUAGAUUUUCCCAGAUUUGUUUAGCAAAUUUUCGAGCAAUUCUGAAAUGUUUCUAAAUUUAUUGAGAAGCUUUGAGAACAUAUUUUAGAAUUUAAAAAUUUGAAAAAAAAUUUAGAAAACUUCCCCCCACUUUCUAGUUUUUUUCCAGAAUUCUGAAGAAUACAAAAACUUUCUAGAUUUUCUAAACAAAAUGAUUCGGCUUCUAAAAAUUCAGAACACUUUCUAGAUUUUUUUUCGGAAAAUUUAGAAAAUUUUCCAAAACUUUCUUUAUAAAUUUUUGAACGAUCUGAAAAAUUUCAUCAAUUUUAAUUUUGAAAAUCCAAAUUCUUUCAGAUUUAUCAAGUUUCGAAGACUCUAAGCCUCGAUCGUUUGCAUCUCACAAAUCAACAAUUUCGCCAAUUAUCCGCCAAAAAUGUUUCAAUGUUGAUUGGUAAUUUGACAGAACAAAAUAUUGUGGAUUUUCUAAAAUCAUUUUUUUGA